UCUGCUCAGUGGGUUGAGAAUGAAAAAUGUAGCCAGAUAGCAAUGUUUUUAAAGUUAUCUUAGGUCUGAUCAAAUGGAUGGUUCUUACAACCAAUGGGGCAGACAAAACACAAACUACAUGACUUGUUAUAUGGAGAUAAUUAAAAUAGAAUAAUUUGCUAGCAAGCUAUAUUAAACUAUAUGUAUAUAUUAUAUAGCUAACAUGUUCAAAGUUUUUGUUAACAUAUUUUGCAAAUGCCAUGCUUAUUUAUUCUGUUUCUGACUUAAUGUUUGCCUGCUUGAGUUCAUUUUCAAAGCGGAGUCGGCUCUGAAUCGAUGGGCUAAACAUUUCCAUAUAUAGGCUUCGGAACAGCAGACCAAUGGAAAUGUUAACGGCAACAUAAUCCAUAGCUACAUCGGCCUCCAGUAAAUACGUUUCAUGCCAAAACCUAAACUACCGCGGUACCAAAGGCAACCAUGUCAUCGCCUGAACAAAUUAUUGAGAUUGUUAUGGAUGACAAAACAUAUAACGUGAGUAAGACCAAAUUAAUUGAGAAAAGCGAUUACUUCCGCGCCUUAUACAGCUCUGGGAUGCGGGAGUCGGGAGAAGCUUCUGUUCAGCUGCAGGGUCUAAGUGUCUCAGGCCUGGAGCUGGUCCUUGAGUUCAUCAACACUUCCAAAGUUCAGGUUGUUAACGAAACACUGGAGGACCUGAUCGAAACAGCAUCCUUUUUACAAGUGACAUCCAUUUUAAAACUUCUCCUUUCCGAAAUCCGACUAGAUAAUUGUGUCGAGCUCUUCAAGCUCUCUGAAAUCUAUGGAACGCAUGAUCUGCGGACCGCUUGCCUCAAGUUUAUGGCUUGCUACUACCACCCGAUGCUGCGCAGGCCAGAGUUUCAGGUGUUGCCAGCUCCGUUGCGAGAGCAGGUCAGAGAAAUGCGCAUGAGAGGCACGGCCACUUUGGUGGCAAUAGGAGACUUCAUGGGUACCUGUCUGGACCUAGCCGAACAGGACGAACCGUGGUCCAUGUUGCGAUACGGGGAACUAGAGCGGCGCUGGAAGCCACUGGCCAACAACCUGCCCCCGGACAUGGUCAAUGUCAGAGGAUAUGGCUCUGCAGUGCUGGAUAACUACCUUUUCAUCGUCGGCGGGUACAGAAUGACGAGUCAAGAAAUUUCUGCCGGACAUUGCUACAAUCCCUGCAGAAAUGAAUGGAAUCAUAUAUCGUCUUUGAACCAGAAAAGGGCUAACUUUAAGCUGGUGGCAGUGAGUGGGAAGCUGUUUGCUGUGGGGGGGCAUUGUUUAGGUACAGUGGAGUGCUACAGUCCUGAGCAGGAUGGAUGGACCUGCGUUUCGUCCAUGCCUGACCCUCUGGCUGAGUUCUCAGCCUGCGAAUGCCAAGGCAUGAUCUAUGUCAUGGGAGGCUACACAGCCAGAGACAGGAACACUAACGUCCUGCGCUACUGCCCCACCUCCGACACGUGGUCCGUGUUCCACACGUGCUCGGCCCACGUGCGCAAGCAGCAGAUGCUGUCGGUGGAGGACACCAUCUACCUGGUGGGCGGCUACACGCACGAGCUCGAGUGUGCGACGGACGGGCAGCGGCGGGCCAGUCACGCAGAGGACAUGCUGACCGUGCAGUCCUACAACGUGCGCACAGGCGAGUGGCUGCAGCUCAAGGAGAACACGUCCAAGUCGGGCCUGAACCUCACGUGCGCGCUCCACAACGACGGCAUCUACAUCAUGAGCCGCGACGUGGGUCUGCCCACCAGCCUCGAGCACCGCGUCUUCCUCAAGUACAACAUCUUCAGCGACGCCUGGGAGGCGUUCCGCCGCUUCCCCGCCCUGGGCCAGAACAUGCUGCUCUGCUCACUCUACCUGCCUGAUGUCCUGUGAGCCCAUCCUGAAGGGCCUGUUGCUUCGGAGAACGCCCGUCAGAUGUGGUCUCAUUCUGGGGGGUCAGGAGGUAGACGGGUGAAAGGUCACCCGCAAACAUCAAAGGCCAAAGGCUCAAUCGUUUACUUUAGUGACCAAUUAACAAUACACUAUACCUCAGUUAGCGUCACUAUAACAGCAUGUCGUUGAGGUACACUUGCAUCUAAGAGCAGGGCUUGUGUCGUGUGGAAAUACUAUGGGAGCAAGUGCAUUGUUGAAACUUGCACAAACAAUACUAAUGCCAAUGCAUGUCUUUACUUCUGUAUUACCAGUACAGAAUAUAUAAAUGUACUACUGAUGCACAAGAUGUUUGGCAGCAAAAGGCUUUGGUUUUACAUGGCCGUAAUCAUGACAGAACACCAAGUGUGUGAUCAGAAAGCAUUAAUAGUCUUAUCUAUUGCUUAAGCAUAUCAUUAAACUUAUAUAAUAAACUCUUUAUUGUCUGCAAUUUUAGCACCACUGGUUGUCAAAAGACAGUCAAGGGUUUUGCAGGCAUGAAACUCAAAUACAGCCAUGCUUGACCAAGACAGCUGUGAUAUUACUGUAAGUGAGACUGGACAGGGGACCUGAGUAGCAGAAGAAGAGAAGAAGGGAUUAAAAUUAGAAUGAAAAAGAUGACUGUCCUGAAUGUCUGUGGUUUUUGUUGUUUUGUUUUGUUUUGUUUUUUAAACUUGGUUUUAUGAGCCUAUGUGACAGAUUGAAUAUUCCCCUGGAUGCCUUUCAAAUGCAACUUUUUAAGUUCACUAAAAUAUUCAGGGGAAGCAUAUAAGUAGCCUCUUUAUUUGUCUGUUUUAGUUUAAUUUCAAUAAAAACAAGCUGUUACACUG